CAUGUGCAAAGGCUGUCUUGUCUCGUGCCCUUUCUGGCCAUCGGAACUCGGAACCAGCGGCACGGCCUCACCCAAAUCCUUUGAAUCGACGGGAAAAUCUCGCCAACUUUCCAGCGACUCCCUCGGUUUUAAGCUCUCAAGCCACACCUCGGGCGAGGCAAAACGAAAGAAAGAUGGUACGGCUGGAACCGGUGAAACAAAAGGCAGCCGGUGGUUUCUGCCGCUGUUCCCAGGUUUGUAACUGAAACCAGGGGGCACGCCCAGCCUUAUAAGGAAAGCACCACCCAACCUCCCACUCAGAACUCCCUCAGUCUCAAAGCUUACAUCACAGUGAUUGCAAUUUGUUUUCCAACCGUUUGUUUGGUGAGAAUCCAGUUGGUAGAAGAUGAGCUCGUUGCAGGCCUGGGUUGCUGAGCACAAGCUCACUAGCGUGGGAGCGUUCUGGGCUUCUGCCAUUGGAGCCUCCCUGGCUUACACGCGGAAGACGGCUCCACUUAUCAAGCCCAGCCUUCGGCUAAUACACGCUAGGAUGCACGCCCAGGCUCUGACGGUGGCGGUGCUCUCCGGCGCGGCGCUGCUGCACUACUAUGACAGCAACCAUGCCAUUGAUGAUGACGAAAAAGUUUCACCCACCACCCUGGUUUAGAUGAUUUUAUGGUGCUAUACCGUAUAUCUGUCACUCUGUUGAAGAUGGUCAUGAGAGUGGGCUGAGAGGAUGUUGUUAUGGGGGUAAAACUUUUUUGGGGUAGCAUAUGGGGUGUAAAACUUGUUCUGUUACUCGUAACAUCUGGCCCACUUGUGGUUAAUAUGAACUUUGUUAUGUAAUUUUGAGAUUAUGAGGUUCUAGUUUAUGAUUGAAUCAAUGCGAGAUGAUUCAAUGAGUGAUUCAACCA